UGCGAGCACUUUUCUGCCUGGACAGCCGGGCGCCAUUUUGUUCGCCUGUGGAGCCGAGAAGGGAAAUCCUGUCCAGGAGCGUCGACCACUCUUCAUGCACCAAACCGAACAUACUUAAUUCCAGUCGGUAUAAACUGGUAAUUGUCAACGCUUUAUUUGAAGUAAUUGAACAUUGUAUUUAUUCAUUCAUUUACUUAAUUUAGGUAACGUUAAGUGUAGUAGUUGUGCUAAAGUUAACAACAUGCUAACGUUACCCGAAGUUAUCAACAUGCUAUUCGAAAGUCAUAGAACACUGUGUUAUUUUAACGUACACAGCUUUCAGGCUUAAUAAUAUACAAAUCAUUUGUUCUUUAAACGUUUCUUGUCUCAGUGUUUUUCAUCUGACAACCUUCAUUGUUAAAUAAGUCAGACCAAACAUUACACUAAGGCCUAACGUGACGAAUGAAGAAGAACAAAUCUUGUGAACAGUGGAUUUAAUUCCAAAUGCAACUUAGUAACUUUACGUCGUAAUCGAACUUUUGAAAAACUAAAUGGAAACAAAAGCGUUUUUCAGUAAUUCGAAUCACGAUUGUUUUUGCUGUCCUUUCGCUUUGGGUUAAUUCUAAGCGUGUAGAUUAAGUAAUAAUAUAUAUUUUUCAUCUGUAAAAAUGUUUCUAAAAUAUUUGAGAUUUAAAAACGCAGAUUUUGUAAACUGCACCCUAAAUUUACAGGUGCGGACGCAAAAUCUGCGAAAUAUUUAUUCAGAUAAUACCAAUUUUAAAACUUGAUAAAUAUGGUUUAUCAUGCUCGAAAAAGAAACCCAAGAACCAAAAUUAGUUAAAAUACUAAACUGUCUGCACAAUCUCAGGUUGUUUGUUAUGUACUGUCACCUAUUGUUGUGUCCAAUCACAUGGUAUAUAAAUCUAAAAACAUGUUCUGUCUCCAUUGAAAAUAUAUUCCAUGUAUUAAAAUAUAUUGUGUUCCUUAUACAAAUAACCGUUUGUUCAGCACAUGGGGAGUGUUUUUGUCUCUUUUUUUAAAUGUAGGUUAUGCAAGAUCUUGUCCUUCAUUCCAGAGGAUAGCUGGAUUUGGAUAAUGAUUUAGCUUCCCUGAAGAUUGCUGCCUUUUUAAUCUCACCGUUGGCUUUUGUUUUUCCUCUAUUGGGCUUUUUUAUAUAUAUAUAGUUCCAGUCUACCCCCCUUUCAAAUUUCCUCCCACCUUCAAGAGACGUAGAAGAGAUCCCUUCUUUUUGUUUUUUCUUUCCAACAUCUCCAAGAUAUCCAGUCCCAUGUUUUGCCCUGGGCUCUCCUUUUUUGACAACAUCUUGCUUGAGGAUUUUUAAACUACCCCAAACCCCCUCACCACUCAAUUAUCAACAAUAUUGGAGAGAAAGAAAAAAAAAACGGACAUUUUCCACCACAUGCCAAUUUUAACACAGCAGUCUGAUGGGAACAAGUCUCUAAGAGAGGCAAAAGUUGCCCCAUCUCCCCCUGUUCAGUCUUUACUCAUCAGUCAAGUGUUCCUUCAGGAUCCACACAGUGCGGAGCGACUCUUCAAGAAGCACUUGAGAUCACCAGGGAACGUCUCAGCCACUGCAGGGAGAUUCACGUGGACCCUGUCGCAGGACGAGAUUGCAACAUCACUGAAGAGCUCCUGACCUAGAAGACUACAAACUUGUGCCAGAAUGACCAUGCAAGGAGAUGACUGCUACUUCUACUAUUAUUCCACCUGUACUAAGGGUGACAGCUGCCCUUUUCGACACUGCGAGGCUGCCAUGGGUAGCGAGACGGUCUGCAACCUUUGGCAAGAGCAAAGGUGCUUCCGUAACAUCUGCAAGUUUCGCCAUAUGGAAAUAAAGAAAAACCGCAAAGAAAUUGCAUGCUAUUGGGAGAACCAGUCUGCUGGCUGCCAGAAGCCUCACUGUGCUUUCCAUCAUGAGAAGCCACGCGUCAUCGAUGGGAAUUAUUUUGCCCCAGACAAAGGGCAAGUAGUGCGAAAGGAGAAGGAAGAGACCCCAUAUGAGGAUCAAGUCAAACAAGUCUCUGUGCCCACUGCAAACCCCACUAACCCGCAGUUAAGAGGGGUCAUUAGAACUGAGACCCAAGAGAAUGUCCCCAGUCCUACCCAUCCACCAGUGGUUAUCAACCCUGUGGAUGACGAUGAUGAAGAUGAUCAAUUCUCAGAGGAAGGAGAUGAAUCUCUUGGAGGAUCACCCUGGAAAAUGAUCACAGGCAAAAAUGAUUCGCUGAACUUUGGUAUCCAGACACUAGAGGAGAUCAGACUGAGGAAAGCACUCAUGGCCAGUCUAAAGAAAUCUGGGCAGUCCACCAUGCAAAGCUCAGCCCAAAACAAAGGAACUGCUAUUGAAAAGGAAAACAUUAAAUCUCUCUCACGUUUGGAAGUUAACAAUUCCAGCAUCGAUUCAUCUGUUAAUGAAAUUGGAAGAAGAAAAAUUACAGACAGACUUGGGGAAAGAAUUUUGAAAAGAGAUGCUUCUGUGGAGGAAGACCUACCAUUGAAACGACGCCUUGCUGAACGUCUCGGUAGAAUUGUUGAAUCUUCCACAAACGUGCUACCACAGAAAGCUCAGAAACCAGUGCGUGAAAGACUUGGAUUGACUGCCGCGCCACCUAGCACUGACAGCGAGCCGAAAUCAUCUGGAGAUAUCCAUAUAAAAACUCUGGAGGAGAUUAGGCAAGAGAAGGCAGCCAGAAACCUCAACACGAGUGAAGUUGUGCCUGUUGUGAAAGAAGUGCUGGCAAAGAAGCUGAGCCCAUCCAAGAAAAGUGUCAGACCCGUUGGCGGACUUCAGGUUAAGACCUUUUCUGAAAUCCUGCACGAAAAGAAAAAAAUUCAGGAGAAAAAAGCUCAGGAAGUGAAUACAACAGCCAAAAGCCCAGAGAGGAAUGAAGGACCUUCCACUGCCGGAGCUGCAGUCAAGGCUCCUGUGACAGCUGGGGAGGUACGAGUAAAAACGCUGGAGGAGAUACGCAGGGAAAAGACAGCCCAGAUGCAGGCACAGCUUCAUGAGCCCACAGACGAUAAAACCCAAACCUCAACUGAAGCAGAGGCAAGUGAACCUCCAAAGAGGCGCAUUCUACGCAUUAAUAAAAGCUCACCAACUGCAUACACUGUGGAUCAGACAAAACCAGAUGCGCCUGAUAAGAAACUAGAACCUGCUGCAGAAACAAACGGAAAAGGCAAACCCUCCAGUGAGACUGUUAAAGUGAAAGCGUUUGAGGAGAUCAUGCGAGAGAAGAGACUCCGCAAGCUACAAGAGGAGCAAGUCACCACCACCACCCAGAAGGAUGCAGGACUGUCUGCACCUGCUGCCUCACCGCCAGCCUCUGAACCCUCUGGCCAGCCCCAAACCACAGUGAGACAGCGGAUCGCCCUCAAGCACAAGAGCUCUCCACUCCCUGCUGCUGUAGUGCCCCAGAAAAGCUCCCCCGAGCUCUCUGGAGACAGGUCUCCAUCGAACACACCAAAGCCGUCAACCUCUCCUGUGAUAGCUAUCCAGCUGGCUGAGGGAAAUAUUCAAACAGAGACCAAGGUGAAGCCCAAGGUGAAUGUAAAGCCGUCAGUAGUGAAGCCAGCAGCCCAGCCUACCCAAAAGAGGAAAGCUGCAAAAAUUCGUUCUGCUGUUGCUGAAGUGAAACCUCUUAACACUGCCUGUCAAACACCUUCCUCGCUGGUUAUUCCCAACAAGCGCCUUAAGGUGGCGUCACCAGCCUCUCAAGAUGUUCAGUCCGACACUCAGCGGGUGCCUUCCAACAAAGAGGAUAUUCAAAUGGUGCCUAUGAACUGCGUUGAGCCAGCCAGUACAAAAUCACCUGAAAUUGUUACGGUCCCCCAAAGCCCUGUGAUCAAAACACCCAGUUUGCAGCGCUCUCGGCGGUCCAGCACCACUUCUGGUCGUACUCCUGCUGUUACCAGUUCAACAGUGGAUGACUUUGAAGAACUGUUAGGUGAAUUUACUGAUGACCGGCUUGAGGAUGACUUGGAAUUGGAUUCGGGCAAGGGAGAGGACGACCUUCUUUUAGAACUCUCAGAGAUGAUUGACAGUUAGACAUGAGCGACGUCAUCCCUUUACUACAAAAACACUGCCACUAUGAAUUUGAAAGGACUGUGACAUCAUUUAACCCACAUCAUUUUAAAUUAAGGCAUAUAUUUUCAAACUCUAAUAGAUCUGUUUUAAUGUUCCUGUUUACAUUUUUUUUCCCCAUGUUGAUGUAAAUAUGAUUUCUUCCUCAAAUAGUGCUUGAGAAACACCAGUUGUGGUGUCCAGGUUUUGUCCUCUUGUUUUAUUUUAGUUGACUUCUUAAAGCUGUCAAAAAAGGGAAAAAUCUUAUUUAGCUGUUGCAGGUAUUAACAAGCCAUUAUAAGACAGCCUCGGGUAUAAUGAUUGUUGAAUCAGUCAUUAUGUAUUACAGAGACAGGACGUUUUCAGUUGUGUACUGUGUAUGCUGAAAAAUAGCUUUUUAUUAGAGAGGCACAUCAAAGCCACACCUUUUUUAGUCUUCAUUUUGAGUCACGUGUAUUUAUGAUCCAUUAAAUGUUCUUUUGCCGUCAUUAUCAACAUUGUUUUAAUAGGUCAUUUCGCUCACCUUUGAUUUAGUAUAGACAAAAUAUUUUAUGGUAUUAUGGUUUAACGGUCUGGGAGAUAGCCGAAGGGCAUGGUUUUCCUUUUUCAUUUCUGCAUAAUUUCUGUCACAAAUUUUAUGCUAAAAGAAAUUUCCUUGGAAAAUUUCCAUCUACACCUUUCCAGCUUGAGAAAUUAAUAUCAAAUAAUUUUAGCAGGGACGUUCCUUCUCAGACUUCUGAAUGAAAC